GAGUUAGGACGGCGCGGGGCUGCGCGCUCGCUGGGACCCGCUGUUCGCCCUGGGGCGACGGGCUGCAUCGCGGGUGCGGGGCCAGCCGGCCGGGCCCGUGGCGGGGCCCGCAGACCCACGCCGCUCUGCUCUUUUCGCCCGCCUCAGGUCGCCAUGUUCUCCUCCAUCGCGCCGCUCGCCCGGCUCAACCCCUUCUACGCGCCGCACUUCCAGCCGGUCCAGGAUGGGGUGAGGAAGCGCGCGGAGCCCACCGAGGCGCCCACCACGCGGCGGAGGUUGGCGGCCGCAUCCGCUAGUGAAGAAUACAGUUGUGAAUAUGGCUCGCUCAAGUUUUAUGCUCUCUGUGGUGUUGGUGGGGUCCUAAGUUGUGGCCUGACGCACACUGCUGUUGUACCUCUGGAUUUAGUGAAAUGUCGUAUGCAGGUUGAUCCACAAAAAUACAAGAGCAUCUUCAAUGGAUUUUCAGUGACAGUCAAGGAAGAUGGUGUUCGUGGCUUGGCUAAAGGAUGGGCUCCAACCUUUAUUGGAUAUUCCAUGCAGGGGCUUUGUAAAUUUGGUUUUUAUGAAGUUUUCAAAAUUCUGUAUGGCAACAUUCUGGGAGAGGAGAAUGCAUACUUGUGGCGUACUUCGCUAUAUUUAGCUGCAUCUGCCAGUGCGGAGUUUUUUGCUGACAUUGCUCUGGCUCCAAUGGAAGCUGCUAAAGUUCGAAUUCAGACACAGCCUGGAUAUGCUAACACUCUGCGGGAGGCUGUACCUAAAAUGUUUGGAGAAGAAGGCAUCUGGGCUUUCUAUAAAGGUGUUGCUCCACUAUGGAUGAGACAGAUUCCAUACACAAUGAUGAAAUUCGCCUGCUUUGAACGUACUGUUGAAGCUCUCUACAAGUAUGUCGUUCCCAAGCCACGAAGCGAAUGUACAAAAGGAGAACAACUGGUAGUCACAUUUGUGGCAGGCUAUAUUGCUGGUGUGUUCUGUGCAAUUGUUUCCCAUCCUGCUGACUCUGUAGUGUCUGUGUUGAACAAAGAAAAGGGCAGUUCUGCUUCACAGGUUCUUCAGAGGCUUGGAUUCAAAGGUGUAUGGAAAGGUCUGUUUGCCCGUAUCAUUAUGAUUGGUACCCUGACUGCACUACAGUGGUUCAUCUACGAUUCUGUGAAGGUUUAUUUCAGACUUCCUCGUCCACCUCCACCCGAAAUGCCAGAAUCUCUGAAGAAGAAGCUUGGUCUAGCUGAAUAGACAACUCAUGGACUGACUGUGCUGGCUGUCCCAGUGAUGAGUUUCAUGAAACUUUUAUAUAUUUGACUAUGUAGAAAACAAACUCUAUAUGAUAUUAUUAUUGGCUGUGCCCUCAUCCCACAUGAGGGCUUAAAUUCUACCACUGUCAUUGCCUGAAAUAAAUGAGAAAGAGAGUGCUUAGUGUCUCUUUACUACUGCAUCUGUAAGCUUCAUUUCAUAGUAGCAAAUACCUCAAAUACUCCUUCCCACCCCAACCCCCCAAAUAAUAAUAAAAAAAAAAAAAAUCUACACUUCAGGAACUAGAGAAUCAUGAAACAAUUGUAACAGAAAUAGGCUUUCACUGUUUCUAGAGAAGUGCCAAGAACCUCUCCUUGCAGAACUGCAGAAACUAACUGCAGUUCUGUGCACUUGAGUCUGACGUUGGAUUUGCCUGUUACAAGCUGCUGCUGUAGAAAAGCUGAAUGGUUGAGAUGCGACUGAGUCUGACAUGGCCUCCUGGUCAUGGUACAGGCGUUCUCCAUAGAGAUAAAAGGAACCUUGUACAUAAUGGAGCUGUUUCUGCUGUGGGGUGGUCAUCCCAAUAUAACUAACCUAGGCUAACUUUAAUUUCUGCUUCUGUUGGCUUUGAACCACACCAAAGAACUCAGUGCUUUUGGUUGUACUGUGGUAUUAAACUGUAGCUGCUACCUUAAUAAAAGCUGAUGUUAAUAAAGAUUCUCAAAGAUAUGUGACCACUAAAAGCUUACUACAGCUUUACAGGAAAAUAAAAAUGACUUGCCUCUUAGUGUAGAGUUUGACAAACUUGCCAGCUUUUCCCUACACUUGGUACUCCUAUAGUUUGAUACUUUUUUUUUUAAUAUUUUUUCCCCUCAGUUUAAUGUGAAGUUGUGUUUGAACCAUGCCCUAAUGCAGUGCAAGAAGCCAUAACAAUUUUUUUUAACCCUAACGAGGAAAUCUAGGGUCCAGGGCAUGAAGAGGAAACACUCAUGCAGUGUUAUGUUAAGGCAGUGAAUUUUUUUCCAGUAUUUUACAAAAAGGUGAGCAUGCUGCCUUGUGACUGACUAUUCAAGAACACACAGUUGAUAAUCACAUUGAGAAAAAUCCAGGAAAUGCCUAAUAGUGUGUAAAGGGUUCACCAUAUCCAGUACUACUAUGUUCGCUUAAGUAGAGCUGGAGCUUAAGUGUCUUUUUUGCAGAACUGUUUGGAUAUGCUGCUUUUCAGCAUGUGAGCUGACAAUACUGAACUUGGCUUGGCGUUCACGUAUGUUGCACUGCUGCUGCUUGUGUCCUUCAGAAUCAAAAGAGUGAUUAAAGCAGGUGAUGCUGCAGUAGCAUAACUACUGACCACUGCAUCUAGCUGGAGUCUGGUGUUCCUGCUACUGUUUACAUAGCGCUGAGCUGCUGGGAAGACCCUCCAACUUCCAAGAUUUUGGGUGGUUAAUGCUAAACAAGCAAGUUGAGCUUUAUUUUGAAUUGCUACCUUUCAAAAUGUGGAAUAAAGCCUAAAACUGCUCUAUUUCCUUGUCACCGUAACACUAGACACAUUAUUAGAGUGGUUGGUAUCUAACUGCAUUAAACAGCGAAGUCAAAUACUGUAAGUCUAGAUUAACCGUUUGUACAAGAACUUUGGUGCUGAAUUAAAUGUGUUUCAGGAUGCAAGUGCGCACAUCUUGUAGCCCUGGUGAGAGUGGGAAGCUUUGAAGUUAGGAGCAUUUAAUAAUUGGUUACAUAAAAGCUUCCUUGGAGAAAAGUGUUAACUAUGACUUGACCUUGUCUCAAUCAAGCCCGUUGAUAUUAAAAUAGCUUUUGAGGUUAACUUUUGUAUGUGAUUCAACUUGGUAGAAAAAACAGUAUUGCUUUCGUGUGCCGAAUAUCACAGUUUCUUUAGAGGCGUGUUUUUAAAGCCAGGAGGCUUUUCUUUGCUGGAAAACAUCUCAAGUUUCUUCUAAUCCUGGGAAAGUGAAGUACUUUUGUCAAAUUUUAAGGCUGGCAGAGGAGUGAGAUUAACUUGGCUUGUGCAGUGAGGUAGUUUGAUCGUCAGGUAAUUCAGCGAUAAUCUACAUUUCUCAAGACUUGUCAUUCUGGAGAAAAAUUGCACAAUUUUGCUCCAGAAUGGGGUGUCUUUUGUGCAGCCAUUUUAAAUUUUUGCAGUAAUGGGAGAAUCUUAAAUCUAUUUUCUCAUUGCUUAAGGGUAGGCCUGAGAUUGUAUCUUCAAAGAUGCUCUGAUAAUUUUAUCAAGGUAAAUCUGAGAUAAGAGUACAAGGGGCAGCUGGCUGUUCCCCUUUUCUUCUGUAACUGAGAAAGGGAAAAUAGUGCUACUUCUAAUGUUGGGUUUCAUGGAAACCCCAAGAGGGAGAGAGAAUUUCCUUGCACCUGCUGCCUUCAUUGAUGAUGUUCAGCCAUGGGCUUGUUUGGAUGCUUGAGAUGAAGGGGU